AUGUACAUUGCUAAACAGGGGCGCAAGUUCAGAAGAGGUAUCUCACACAUUCAUCAUCUCCAUGUUGCGGUCAAAUCGCCACGGUUUCCAAGUCUGACUGAAGCCGAAAUUGCCAAAAUAAACCAUAAUCUUGACCGCGAAAUCAAGAUAUGGACCCUACUGGAACAUCAAUAUGUAUUACGUCUGCAUGGCACCGCAACAGAUUUUGGGCCGUUUCGCUCAUUGGUUUCCUCCUGGAUGCCGAAUGGAACAUUGAACUUCUACCUUAAUCGUGUGCAUGAAACCCUCACGACGACGGGUAGCCUUCACAUUAUUACGGAGGGGCUCAAAUACCUCCACGAUAACAACGUGAUUCACGGUGAUCUUACCAGUAACAAUGUCCUGGUUGCUGCCGAUGGAUCCCCGCGCCUUGCAGACUUCGGUGUUUCGAAUAUCAUGGUAAAGUCCAACCCGGCAUUCUCCUACCACACCGGCGCUGUUCGUUGGGCCGCUCCGGAGCUUAUCGUCCAUCAGGAAGGCCAAACUGUGCAAUGCGCCACUAAAUUCAGUGAUAUAUAUGCUCUUGGGUGUAUCAUGCUUCAGGCCAGUCUCAUAUUUACGUUGUUUACGACACCUGACAGGAAACUUCCCUACUGGUGGAUCAAGUCUGCCCUGCAAGUCGUGGCAUUAAAGUUCAAUUACCAAGAGCCCAUUAUUGACACCAUGCAAAUUCCAGCACAUCACCUUGAUUUCAUGCGGCGGUGCUGGUCAAUCAAGAGUGACAAUCGUCCAUCAGUGGAUGACGUGUUAGACUUUCUCGAGAAAGCUAUCUCCCAUGAAACUUCAUCUACGUAA